CUUAGAAGAGAGGGCAAAAGCUGGCCUAUUUCUUGUGGGGUAAUUGAAGGGCUCUGCAAACUUUAAAAUGUUCUCUUCAUCUCAGCUCUUAUUAUUUACAGAUCUGGUCAAAUGACUGCUCAGAAAAGUCAUUUUCAAAUUCCAAAUCACUUAUGUGAUCCUAAAUCUGUUAUUGUGACUCCUCAAAACCUGUGACUCUUAAGUUUAAACGUCCUGAUUCCUUGUAUGUGACCUAGAAAAGUCAUUUCAACUUUCUAUUCUUCAGUUUCCUCAACUGUUUAAAAAAAAAAAAAAAUAGAGGGCCCGGACUAGAUGCCUCUGAAGUUCCUUCCUACCCUAAAUCCAUGAACCCUAGAUCUUUCCAGGUACCAGCCCCUCCACACCCUUCCCCCUAGUUCUCGGGCAAAGGGCGCUAGAGAGGGGUCCAGAGGGCACGAGGUGAGACGGAAAAGGCGGAGCGCACCCUGGACGAGCAAGGACUUUGGCGGGGAGCUGCCGGAGCGAGCUGCAGUCAUGGCUCCUCUGCGCUUCGCAGCCAACCUGUCGUGGUUGUUCUCGGAGCAGGGCUCGGCGCUGAGCGCGCGCCUCGAGGCCGCAGCCCGGGCUGGCUUCAGGGUGGCCGAGGUUGCUUGGCCAUACGAGGAGCCCGCGGCGCAGUUGGCGGUUGCCUUGAGGACAACGGGGCUGCGGCUAGUGUUGCUCAACACACCGCCAGGGGCUACGGAUCUCGGGGAGCUGGGGCUGGGUGCCGUGCCCGGGCGCCAGGACGCCUUCCGAGAGGGGCUGGAGCUGGCGGUCUCGUACGCACGGGAGCUCGGCUGCCCCCAGGUGCAUCUGAUGGCAGGUCGCGUCCCGCAGGGUGCUGAGCGCUCCGCCGUGGCCCGGGACAUGGAGGCCGUGUUCGUGGAGAACCUGCGGCACGCCGCCGACGUGCUGGCCCGCGAGAACCUCGUGGGGCUCGUGGAACCCAUCAACAGCCGGCUCACGGACCCGCGCUACUACCUGGACACGCCGGAGCAGGCUGCCUCUAUCCUGCGCCUGGUGGAUCGGCCCAAUCUGCGGCUGCAGCUGGACAUAUUCCACUGGCAGAUCAUGGGAGGGAACCUGACUGCCAAAAUCCGUGCCUUCUUGCCUCUGAUUGGGCACGUGCAGGUGGCCCAGGUCCCCGACCGGGGCGAGCCCGACAGCCCCGGGGAGCUCAACUUCCCCUAUUUGUUUCAGCUAUUGGAGGAGCUAGGCUACACAGGCUACGUGGGCUGCGAGUACCGGCCGCGCGGAGACACUAAUGAAGGGUUGGGCUGGCUGCGGGCCUAUUGGGAGAGCCGGGGGCUGGCCCCGGGAAACGCUGAGAGCCCAGCAGAUAUCCCAACUUAAGAAGUGGCCCCUCCAUCCUCCAUCUGCCCGUUCCUAAGACACCAGCCCACAAAACAUGUGUAUCUCUUCUGAUAAAAUGGAAACUCCUCCGAAACUGUUUAAAUUUAACCUUUGUAUGCCAGAGCUAUUCUUUGCUUAAUAAAUGCUUACUGUUUGAUUUGAAUUAUUAUAAA